CUCCGCCCCCUCUCCCUCUCGUAGUCUCUCCCCCUUUGCUCUCGAGCCGCAUCUGCUUCGCCUCGCCGCCGCUGCGCUCACCUAGCAGCGACCGGCGUCAUCGUGACCUCGACGUACGCGCGCCUCCCCUCGCCGGAGUUGGAAGGUUCACUUGGAAAAUUUUGGACCAAUGGAAGAGGAAGAGUAUAGCACUGAAUCAUCUAAUGAAGAAGAUUUGCAAGAAGAUGGUGAGAAAGAAGGAAAUGCUGCUGAGAUUGAUGUCUUCAAACCAGUUGAUAUAGAUCCGGCAUGUUUGCCAAAAGUAGGGAUGAUAUUUGACUCGGAGGAAGAUGCCUUUCAGUUCUAUGUGACAUACGGUUGUCACGCAGGUUUUGGUAUUACAAGAAGAUCUAACAAUACCUUUGAUGGUUUCCGUUAUCGCUCUACAUUCAUAUGUUCUAAAGGAGGGCAGUCUAGACUGAGAUCUGGUGUGACAAGACCUGCAAGAAAGCGAGGCAUGAAGACUGGCUGCAAGGCUAAGAUGAUCGUGAAGGACGCACAUUUUCAGAACCGCUGGGAAGUAAUUGUUCUUGAGUUGGAGCACAACCAUCCACUGGAUCCGAGCUUGCUUAAAUUUAAGAGGCAUUUGAAGAACUCUCCUUUCUCUCUAAAUCCACCUCGUAUGUCUGAGUCUGAGGGACCACAGAGCAGCUCAGCUGUUGCACUUUCAGGUAGAGGUGGUGAUACUGGUGUAACUUCAUCUACACAGGCUGAAUUCAGAACCAAGAUAGACAGAAAUAGGAAAUUGAAGCUUGCAGAUGGAGACUUAGAGGAACUGUUGAAUUUUCUCAACAAAAUGCAAGACCAAAACCCUUGUUUCUUUUACAGUUUAGAUAUGAAUGAGCAAGGGCAGCUAAGGAAUGUCUUUUGGGCGGAUGCCAAAUCACGCAGUUCAUACAAUUACUUUGGUGAUGUUGUUGCUAUUAAUGUCACAAACUUUAGUGAUCAGUAUGAUAUGCAGUUUGUGUCAUUUGUGGGCACUAACCACCAUGCGCAGCCAGUGUUACUAGGCUGUGGCCUGCUUGCAGGUAGAUCUCUUGGAGCUUAUGUGUGGCUUUUCGGUACGUGGUUAAGAUGUAUGAAUGCCAAGCCACCACAUUCAAUAAUUACCAAUUACUGUCAUGAUGUAGCAAUAGCUAUUAAAAAGGUUUUUCCUAAUGCAAGGCACCGUUUUUGCCUUUCGCACAUCUUAAAUGAGCUUCCUGAAAAGUUGGAAGAAAUGGAGAGCAAGGAUGAAGUUAUUUCCGCAUUCACCACACUGGCCUAUGAUUAUGUUACUAUGCCUGACUUUGACAAAGAGUGGCAAGAUACCAUCCAACAUUUUCGCUUAGAGGGAAAUGAAUGGUUGUCUAAACUAUAUGAGGUCAGGAUGCAAUGGGCUCCUGUUUAUGUGAAGGAUUCAUUUUGGGCAGGAAUGUCUGUCACAGAUAGAAGUGAUAGUGUUACUGACUAUUUUGACGGCUGGUUGACGUCAGGAACCUCUUUGAAAAUGUUUGUAGAGCAGUAUGAGGGAGCUGUUAAAGAUAAGUUAGAAAAGGAAUCUUAUGAAGAUUUAAGAUCAUCACAGAUGAGGCCACCAAUGAUGACAGGAUUACCUGUGGAAGAUCAAGCCGCAAAGGUGUACACUGCAGAAAUCUUUCAGAAGUUCUUGAAUGAAAUAGGGCAUUCAUUUCAUUGCAAUUAUAGUAUACUUGACCGGAAUGAUUCAGUGGUUACAUACGUAGUUUCGGAGCAUAUCAAUCAAGCAACCAAGGUAGACUACAAAGUUGUUUAUGAUAAUGUUGAAGAUGACAUAUGGUGCCUCUGCCGGUUGUUCCAAUCCAAAGGAAUAUUGUGCAGGCAUGCGCUCACUGUAUUGAGGCAGGAGCUUGUGCUGAUGAUUCCACCAAAAUACAUCAUUCAUCGCUGGUGCAAGGAUUGUAAACAAACAUGUGCUUCCAUAUCCCAACCUGUCUCAGCGGGUAAUCAGGAACUGGGAAGCUACGAUGAUCUCUACAAACUUGGCCACCAAUACUUUGCGGAAGUUGUGGAAUUUGGUUCCAUGAACUCAGAAUCAAAAGAAUAUGCUUUGUCAAUCAUGAGGGAAAUCAGGGAUAAAGUGAUCUCAUAUGAGAAGUCACUAAGAGAUCAAAGGGUUGACAGCCAUGUUUCAACAGCCAACUUUGCAUACAAUCCUGUGAACGAGGAUUUUACUGAUGAUGCAUUGCCCAUCUCUCUUAGUACAAAGGGCUGGGAUCUUACUCAAGGCCAGUCCAAGCGUUCCCGCAAGAAGAAGCUGGCGACCCCAACUGUUCUUGAUACCUUGAAAAAAAAAACUAAAAGGGCAUAUAACAAGAGGAGGAAUGCCACCGCAAACACUAUAAACACAGCAGUCACUGCAACUGACAGCGUAACUGAUGCAACAAAUGUCCAGGCGAAUCCUGUAAAUGAGGGAUGGCCGUUAACAUCGACGGGUGCUCCGGAAACUUUCCCUUAUGGAGUGGAGACCAUUUCAUUUGAUUUGUCACAAUACAACAAUGCGCCAAGCUUCCAUUGGCCUGAAAGCAGCAGCAGGUCUCAGCUCCAGUGAGAGGAAGCAGCAAGGCAAUUGUAGAUCCCUUCCAAUAGACUAAGUUCUGACAGUAUCAUAGCUGGGAAAAACUAGGGGUGAUAGAUCAGGUCUGACCUUCGUGUUCCGUGCCUCGGAGUUGGUGACCACCAGAACAAAGGUGAAGAAGGAAAAGAGAUCACAUUUGGUGAAAACCGGCAAAAUCAACCAUCUUUGAACCAUUUUGGUCCAAAGGGGUUUAUCCAGUAUGCGAUGUGCCUCCGCAUCUGUCUAAUUGCCGAGCUGUACAUAAUCGUUUCCUUUUUGCUUGGAUAUUUGCAGCUCCCAUUAGGUUUAUCUGAACCAUGUUAGGUCAGAUGCACUCGAAUCGAUCUCUGAUAAUUUGACCUGAUGUUUCCAUGUGUAUCCCUGUGAAUCCAUUUGCAAUCAGAUGUUUGCUGCUUCUCUGUGAA